AUGCGUGCGAGUGAGCUGGGGGGGGUCGUGAGGCGAGUCGAGGCGGUGCUGCCUGCGCCCACCUGUGCUGCCUGCGCCCACCUGUGCUGCCUGCGCCCACCUGUGCUGCCUGCGCCCACCUGUGCUGCCUGCGCCCACCUGUGCUGCCUGCGCCCACCUGUGCUGCCUGCGCCCACCUGUGCUGCCUGCGCCCACCUGUGCUGCCUGCGCCCACCUGUGCUGCCUGCGCCCACCUGUGCUGCCUGCGCCCACCUGUGCUGCCUGCGCCCACCUCAAUAUACUGAAACGGUGCUUUCUCGUCCUCUUGCUCUCUCCAACCCCUUUCCCCACUCCCACCCCUCUCUCUCCCAACCCUCUCUCUCCCACCCCUCUCUCUCCCACCCCUCUCUCUCCCACCCCUCUCUCUCCCACCCCUCUCUCUCCCACCCGUCUCUCUCCCACCCCUCUCUCUCCCACCCCUCUCUCUCUCACCCCCUCUCCCACCCCUCUUGCUCCCACCCCUUUCUCUCUCACCCCUCUUGCUCCCACCCCUUUCUCUCUCACCCCUCUCUCUCCCACCCCUCUCUCUCCCACCCCUCUCUCUCCCACCCCUCUCUCUCCCAACCCUCUCUCUCCCACCCCUCUCUCUCCCACCCCUCUCUCUCCCACCCCUCUCUCUCCCACCCCUCUCUCUCCCACCCCUCUCUCUCCCACCCCUCUCUCUCCCACCCCUCUCUCUCCCACCCCUCUCUCUCUCACCCCUCUCUCUCCCACCCCUCUCUCUCCCACCCCUCUCUCUCCCACCCCUCUCUCUCCCAACCCUCUCUCUCCCACCCCUCUCUCUCCCACCCCUCUCUCUCCCAACCCUCUCUCUCCCACCCCUCUCUCUCCCACCCCUCUCUCUCCCACCCCUCUCUCUCCCACCCCUCUCUCUCCCACCCCUCUCUCUCCCACCCCUCUCUCUCCCACCCCUCUCUCUCCCACCCCUCUCUCGCCCCUCUCUCUCCCACCCCUCUCGCUCCCACCCCUCGCCUGCCAUCCAAUCGCAUCGCAGUGCUCUGCUCAUCAGCUUCCCCUCACAUGCCCUUCGCAUGCUCCUCCCAUCACAUCACAUGCUCCUCCCAUCACAUCACAUGCUCCUCCCUUCACAUCACAUGCUCCUCCCAUCACAUCACAUGCUCCUCCCUUCACAUCACAUGCUCCUCCCUUCACAUCACAUGCUCCUCCCUUCACAUCACAUGCUCCUCCCAUCACAUCACAUGCUCCUCCCAUCACAUCACAUGCCUCUCACAUGCCUCUCACCAUGCCAGCCGCGUGCUGGGGGGGGGCGACAUCAAGAUAGUGAAGCGGCGCGACCUGGCGGAGGCGGGGGGGCGGGUGGGCGAGGAGAAGCAGUUCUGCGCGCUCAAGCACAGCGAGUGGCUGCGCUGCCUCCGAGAGGAGCUCAUGCUGCUGCGGAUCGAGCGACAGAACAGCAUCCUGGACUACACGCCCUCCCACCGCCCCUCCCCCGCGUCCCCCUCCCUGCGCCUCGCGGACUUCCCUUCCCCUUCCCCUCCGCCGCUCGCCUCCCACUCCUUCCCCGCCCACACCAGCAGCCCCAGCAGCAACGACGCCACUGCCUGGCUGGCAGGGGGCCGGCCGUGGGAGCAGCAGCAGCAAGGGAUGGCGGGCGAGGGGGCGAUGGGGGCGCGCAUGAGGGCAAUGGGUGCUGCUGAUGGCAUGAGGGCAACGGGUGCUGCUGAUGGCAUGAGGGCAAUGGGUGCUGCUGAUGGCAUGAGGGCAAUGGGUGCUGCUGAUGGCAUGAGGGCAAUGGGUGCUGCUGAUGGCAUGAGGGCAAUGGGUGCUGCUGAUGGCAUGAGGGCCAUGGGUGCUGCUGAUGGCAUGAGGGCCAUGGGUGCUGCUGAUGGCAUGAGGGCAAUGGGUGCUGGUGAUGGCAUCUUCCCUGCGCUGCCUGCCUCUGCCUCCCCGUGGUCACCAGUAGCAGCAGCAGCAGGUGGAGGGGCUGGAGGGGCGGCGAGUUGCAGUCCUGUGCAGCGCAGCAUGAGCAUGGCGCCCACCAGGGCGCUGCAGCAAGCCGAUGCAAGGCUAGCCAAGCGCCCUCUGCCCGUGCCUCUCCCCGUGUUCAGCCCGCGGGCAAGCGUGCCCGGUGGGUCCCUGACCGAUUUGGACCAUGAAGCGGGCGGCAGCGGGCGGCAAGCAGCGAUGGUGGCGGCAGAGGCGGCAGCAACGGGUGGGCAGCGCAUGGUGCGCAUGUGGGAGCGCUUGAAACGCAUCAUGCCGCCGCCCAGAGGUUCCGACCUUGAGCUGCCAGCGGGGAUGACGCUGGUGGAGGCGCUGCUGGCGGGCCGUGUGCCGCGCAACCAGAGGGGCGCCGCCUGGGUCGCCAUCGCCACCGCCCACCCUCAUGACGCCCUGGCGGAUGGCAGCAGCUACGCCUCUCUGCUCAUGCAGCCCUCCGCCUCCGCCAAUGAGCUCCCCACCCCCACACACACGCUCUCAUGGCAGGUCACACAGACGCUCAAGUGGCAGGCCACACAGACGCUCAAGUGGCAGGCCACACAGACGCUCAAGUGGCAGGCCAUAGAGACGCUCAAGUGGCAGGCCACACAGACGCUCAAGUGGCAGGCCACACAGACGCUCAAGUGGCAGGCCACACAGACGCUCAAGUGGCAGGCCACACACACGCUCAAGUGGCAGGCCACACACACGCUCAAGUGGCAGGCCACACAGACGCUCAAGUGGCAGGCCACACAGACGCUCAAGUGGCAGGCCACACACACAGUUCCCCCUCCACCUUUCUGCUCGCGCUUGUCGUUGCAUACCCCAUCCCUCCCAUUCACUCCAUUCCCCCCCAUCCCUCUCAUUUCCCCCAUUACCCCCAUCCCACCAUUCCCUCCAUUACCCCCAUUCCCCCCAUUCCUCCCUCCCUCCCCCCCCCCCACCGGGCGCAGGGAAAUAGAGCGGGACGUGAACCGCACCUUCCCCAACCACCGCCUCUUCCAGGAGGAGAGGGGCGCCGGCCAGCAGUCGCUCUUCAACGUCAUCAAGGCCUACUCCGUGUUGGACAAGGAGGUCGGCUACUGCCAGGUAACUUCCCCUUGCCUUGCCCUCUCUCCCUCUUCUCGCCCUCUUUCCCUCCUUUUCCCCUUUCUUGUCACACAUGCCUCCACUCCACUGCCUCUUCCCCUCCCCAUCCCCCACACCCCACAUCUCUCUCUCUUCCUCUCUGCCCCGUUGCCUCUGCCUGCCUCCAUCACUCCCCCCCACCACGCCAUCAUCUCCGCUGCCCAUGUGUGCUGCACUGCACGGUGCAUCUUGCGUCUGCAAGUGCGCAUGUAUCAGCUCACGCAGCUGCUCAUCCACACGCUGCCACGCGUGCAUGCCUUCUUCGAACACCUCGACAUCAAACCUGUGAUGUAUGCGGCAGACUGGUUCCUCACUCUCUUCGCGCGCACCAUGCCUCACUACCUCGUCUUCCGCGUCUUCGACAUCAUCCUCGCGGAGCAGACCACGGCCAUUGUCUUCAAGCUCGCCAUCGUUCUCCUGCAGGUAUUUGCCCUCCCGCCUCAUCUCAACUCCUCCCACCUCCGCCCACCUCCUCCCACCUCUUCCCACCUCUUCCCUUGCCCCACUGCACUACCAUCCCUCCCUCCUCCUUUUCCCACCCACUUCCCAUCACCCACCUCUCCUCUCCUCCUACAAACCGCCUCCUCGCAUCCCUAUUUCCCAUUCCCCUCCACCGUCCCCUCUCCCCAUUCCCUCCUCCCAUCCCCUCUCCCCGUUCCCCUUCCCAUUUCCUUCCCCCCAACACCCCUCCCCACCGGUACCCCACCGGUACCCCACCGGUACCCUCCCCACACCAGGCGGCAGCUGCAGCAGUGCCCGGAGAUGGAGUACGCCAUGUGCCUGCUGCGCACCGAGCUGCCCGCGCAGCUUAAGGAGGUGAGCGAGGAGGAGAUGGAGGAGCUGGUGUGCAAGGCCAUGCGGGUGGACUUGCCCUUUGAGAGCCUGCUGCGACUCGAAGCAGACGCAGUCCCUUCCUCUCCAUCUGCAUCCUUCCUCUCCAUCUGCAUCCUUCCUCUCCAUCUGCAUCCUUCCUCUCCAUCUGCAUCCUUCCUCUCCAUCUGCAUCCUUCCUCUCCAUCUGCAUCCUUCCUCUCCAUCUGCAUCCUUCCUCUCCAUCUGCAUCCUUUCUCUCCAUCUGCAUCCUUCCUCUCCAUCUGCAUCCUUCCUCUCCAUCUGCAUCCUUCCUCUCCACCUGCAUCCUUCCUCUCCAUCUGCAUCCUUCCUCUCCAUCUGCAUCCUUCCUCUCCACCUGCAUCCUUCCUCUCCAUCUGCAUCCUUCCUCUCCAUCUGCAUCCUUUCUCUCCAUCUGCAUCCUUCCUCUCCACCUGCAUCCACCUCUCUUGGGUCUCCCUAUCCCCAGUACGAUCUGCUGGCGGGGGAGGCAGCAGCGGCGGCGAGGGACGUGCAGGCAGCGGCAGAGGCGAGUGAGGCGGCGGCCCUCUCGUGGGGCGCCAACCGGCAGCAGCUGGAGGCCCGACUCUGCCAUGCCACGCUCGCACUGAAGCAGGGCGAGCGCCUGGCAGCGCACAUCACAGCCGCCCUCGCCCUUUCUGAUUCUGCCCGUCACUCUUCCUCCUACCCUUCCCCGUGCUCACCACCACCGCCUGCCGAUACGAAGCCCCACACUUGUUCAUCCACCGUAAGCAGCCACGCGUCUGCCUCUCAUGCGUCUGCCUGUGCUUUGCAUGCUGCCCUGCACAUGGGUAAUGGUGUGGGCGGACCCCCAGAGAGCAGUCAUGAGCCCCAGGUCACAAGGGACAGCAGUGGAGGGGGAAUGCGGAGUGGCCGGGCUGGAGGGGGCGGCUGUUUGCUGGUGAAUGGCAGUGGGGUGGGGGGGCUUGAAGGUUCACGACCUGAGUGCUUGAAUGGUGCUUCGUGCACCGAGGAGGGACGGCGGCCCUUGGAGGGCGGAGAGGGAGAGGAGAGGGUGUGUGAGGGGCAGGGAGUGUGUGAGGAGGAGGGAGUGUGUGAGGAGGAGGGAGCAUGUGAGGAGGAGGGAGCAUGUGAGGAGGAGGGAGCAUGUGAGGAGGAGGGAGCAUGUGAGGAGGAGGGAGCAUGUGAGGAGAGCCUACCAUUGGAGGAGAGAGUGCAGCUGUGGGAGGAGCGGGUGGCAGUGGUGGGAGGAGGGAGCAGCACGGUGGAGGUGCUGAGAGCAGUGAGAGCGGCGCACCACCAGUGGGUGCAGCUGGGGCUGGCGCUGGCACUGGCAGAGCGCGAGGUGGCGUGCCGCCUCGACAUGGGCGCGCCGCCGCCGCCCACUGACUCUUCUUUUGAGUGGAGUCAAAAGCGCCUCCUGGACAUGGGCGUGCCAGUCAGUGACUCUUCAGCCGCGCUGGGGGCUCUCAUGGGAGGAGGGGUGCAUGAGCUGGUGGUUGUGGAGGAGGCGGGGGGCUGUGUGGGGGAGAAUGGAGCGCAUGGGCGUGGCAGCAUGCGACAGUACGAUGCAGUGAAGAGAUUAUGA